AUAUUCUGGUUGUGUCAUUACUUGUUGGGUUCACUUUUACACAAUUGUUUUCCACGUUUACUUAUAGCUAAAGUAGAAAGCUUUACAAAUAUUCGGUCGUUUUUAGGACUUUAAAGGAUAAAUUGGUGUACUACCUAAUCUUACUUGUUGAAAAGAUGGCUUUAAAACGUAUUAAGAAAGAAUUGGAAGAUUUAAAGAGAGAUCCUCCUGCCCAAUGUAGUGCUGGACCUGUUGGUGAUGAUUUGUUUCAUUGGCAAGCAACUAUAAUGGGACCUCCAGAUAGUCCAUAUCAAGGCGGUGUAUUCUUUCUAACAAUUCAUUUUCCAACGGAUUAUCCUUUUAAACCACCCAAAGUAGCUUUCACAACGCGAAUAUACCAUCCUAAUAUAAACAGUAAUGGUUCUAUUUGUUUGGAUAUACUGAGGUCACAAUGGUCGCCAGCUCUAACCAUAUCCAAAGUACUGCUAUCUAUAUGCUCUUUACUUUGUGAUCCAAACCCAGAUGAUCCUUUGGUACCUGAGAUCGCCAAGUUAUAUAAAACGGACAGAGAAAAAUAUAACGAAAUGGGACGUGAAUGGACUAGAAAAUAUGCCAUGUGAUGCCCUAUUAGGAGUAAAGAAUGUCACUGAUCAAUCUUAAUUUCCCCUUUCUUUAUCUAUUCCCGUCCCUUCUCUUUCUCUUCUCUCCAUGCAUUCUACACUGUUUCUACGCUCAUUUUUUCUGUUCUCCUCUGUCUUGCUAUUAUCUUCUCUCUCUCUCUAUUCCUUCAUUUCUCUUCCUUCUUUACCAUAACGAGAAAGAGUAAUCAACGAUUUAAUUGAGAGCUAACUACACUAGCCAUUAAGUAGGCACCUCAACUUUCAAAGGGACCCGGUUAAACGAUGACGGUGAUAUAAUUAAAUCCGGGGAAUUAAUAUGUAUAAACCAACUAAAAUUGAUUAAUCCAAUCGAUGACUUAUCUCUACACUGUUUAUUUGAAAUUAAUUCUCAUAUUAAUUAAAGAGUCACCUUGAUUUCUAAA